UUGCCAGUCAGAAGUUUGACUCAGGACAGGGCGUUAGGAGGAGUGAAGGCAAAGAAAUGUUGAAGAUGAAGGUGAUGCCGUUCGCGGCGAUAAUCCUUUUAAUGAUUAUCCUCCGCACAAACUUUGUGCAAGCAGAUGACAUCGAAAACAAGGAGUGCUCCAUCACUGAGGACGGCGACGGCAAGUCUUUCGUUUACUUGAGUUCAAUCCUCCUGGCGGCCAAGUAUCAGCGGUACAGCUCGCCCGAUAAAGAGGCCAAGUGGAGAAUUAAACCCGUGAAAUUGGGAGGAAAAACCUAUUACGAGCUGAGGAACGUCAAACGUGACGAAUACCUGACGGGUCACAGUAACAAAGGAAUCUACGGCUCAAAGAAGCCGUACAGCAAGUCGGACGACGAGUCCACCCUGUGGGAGAUCAAACCUGCUGAUACAGAUUCUCCGGUAACCAUCAAGAACUACAAACACGGAUACAUGGCCCUGCCGAAAGGAAGUGGCUCCUAUAUGCGCCUCACCUCAAGUUCUGUCAACAAGUGGAACCUCAAAUGUAAAUAAUUUAUUUUUCAAUUACCUGCUUUCCUGCUGAAAAAAAAACAUGAAACGAUUUAUUUUUAUCGUUCCUGAAUAAAACGCUUUGCAAUGAAGAAA